AUGAAGCCUAUUAUAUCUGGCCAGAGCUGGCGGUGGUUCCCGUGGCUUCUGCUUGUGUCUAUUUGUCAUUCGUUCUACAUUCCUGGUUACUCUGUUAUCAGCUACGAGGACAAGGAACCUAUUCCGUUGUUAGUUAACAAGAUUUUCUCGGAUCAUACCCAGUUGCAGUACGCCUACUUCGACCUCCCCUUCGUUUGUCCGCCGACGGGUCAAAAACAUGGCAACUCCCCCUUCGGGUCCGGACACAGUGUCUCCCUGAACCUGGGUGAGAUUCUUCGAGGCGAUCGUAUCAUGACCUCGGAUUAUGAAUUGGUAAUGAAACAAGAUGUCGGUUGUCGCGCACUGUGCACGCGCGAAGUUAGUCGCGCGGAUGUUAAAUGGGGCCGUCAACUGAUAAAGGAUGGCUAUGUGGCCGAGUGGAUUGUUGAUAAUCUUCCUGCAGCCACCAGUUUCGUCACCGUCGAUCGCAGUCGAAAGUAUUACUCGAGUGGAUUCAAGCUAGGAUACCAGGACUUUUCCCCGUCGGACGGCCAAUCUCGUUUCUAUAUCCACAAUCAUUUCACGAUCGUUAUCCGCUGGCGCAAGGCACCGGGCAAGGCAGGCGAUGAGGGGAAAAGCGUGAUUGUCGGCUUUGAAGUCUACCCCAAGAGUAUUGGAUAUGAAAACCGGGAUGAAGAGGGAUGCCCGAUAGAUGUGCAUGCAGAAAACUCGCAUUUGGAGCUCUUUAUCGCCCCGAAUAAUAGCAAGCUUGAGGAAUUAUAUAGCGAUUCAUCAUACAUACCGCAGCGUGGUGAGGACGCAAACGAUGGCGCCAAGUUGGAAAUCCCAUACACGUACUCUGUUUACUUUCGCGAGGAAUCGUCAAUAGAGUGGUCGAACCGCUGGGACUUGUUUUUCACUGAUCAGGUCGACAGCUCAAUGACUCACUGGCUUGCGAUCAUCAAUUCGCUCACGAUUUCCGGCGUGCUUGGCGUCACUGUGAUUGUCAUCUGGGGACGGACUGUCCACGGCAAUGCAAAGGGACGCGGCGACACAACAUUGGAAGAGGGCAAGAAUAAGUCUAGAUCCAAGUCACCCAGCAAAGAAGACACGGAACGUGGUGAAGGCCUUUUGAGUCAGAAAGACGAUGAGGCGCAUCAUCUGUCGGAUGAAGAUCUAGAGGACGUCGCUGGAUGGAAGUUAGUCCAUGCGGAUAUUUUCCGUCUUCCGGCGCAUAGUGGACUGCUCGCGCCUUUGGUAGGAUCGGGCACACAGUUGCUAUUCGUUGCAGCUGGUCUCCUCAUUCUCAGUUGCUUAGGUGUACUGAACCCCAGCUUUCGAGGCGGGUUUGUUACUGUCGGAUUUGGCCUCUUUGUUUUUGCUGGUCUAUUCUCUGGGUACUUUUCCGGCAGACUGUAUAAGACACUGGGGGGACAGAACUGGCGAAAGAACACCAUUCUCACGGCUUCGCUUUUCCCUGGGCUGACUUUCUGCCUAAUCUUUGUCCUGAACCUGUUUGUCUGGGCCCAGGCUUCGAGCACAGCUCUGCCAUUUGGCACAUUGGUGGGACUCGUAGCUCUCUGGCUGCUAGUCCAAGUGCCGUUGGUAUAUAUUGGCAGUUGGUUCGGAUAUGUACGCGCAGAGCCGUGGCAACAUCCGACCAAGACUUCGUCGAUCCCGCGACAAAUCCCACGGCAGCCAUGGUAUCUGCGGGGGGUCAACGGCAUCAUUCUGACUGGCUUGGUUCCCUUCGCCGUGCUUUUCAUUGAACUUCUCUUUGUCUUCAAAAACCUGUGGCAGGACAAGAGUGGUUAUUACUACGUGUUCGGUUUCCUGAGCGUGGUGAGCACCAUCUUGAUCGUCACAGUGAGCGAGGUGACUAUCAUCGCAACGUACAACCAGCUAUGCGCCGAGAACUAUCACUGGUGGUGGCAGAGCUUCUUGACCGGAGGCAGCAGUGCUUUCUGGGUGUUUGCCUACUGUAUAUGGUACUAUAUGUUCAAGCUGCACAUCAGCGGAUUUGUGUCGAGCUUGCUGUUCUUCAGCUAUAGCUUCCUUGCAUGCGCCGUUUACGGGCUGCUUACUGGGACAGUAGGGUUUCUGACAGCGUAUGCAUUCAUUCGCAGGAUAUACAGUGCGGUCAAAAAGGACUGA